CUUGUCUGAUUCCUAGACAGUCAUAUAAUGCCCCAGUGUCCGUCCAGGCUGAGUAAUGGUCCUCACGGGUUAAAUAAAACCCCACAGGUUUCCUUUGCAAUCGCUUUACCACAAUCCUUUCAUCAACCAGCUUCCUUCAGUCCGUACAGUCGCGCGUGUAAUACGACCUUCGUAACAUAAGCUCUGUGGUUCAAACAAAAUGGUUGCUCUGAGAAAUUUCUUCUCGCAUAAAACCGCCUCUCCCUUGACAGUAUUCGCGUCCGGCGAAAGCAACCAGGACGCCCUCACAGUCAUGGGCCGCGACGACGAACCCCUCACCAUAAUCGAGCUCUUCCAAUCGCAAGGUUGCUCCUCUUGUCCACCCACAGAAACAAACCUGCAAACUCUCCUCCCACAAAACCCAAAUCUCCUCCUCCUUACCUACGAUGUCACAUACUGGGACCAUCUAGGCUGGACCGACACUUUUGGUAAUACAUUAUGGGAUCACCGCCAACGUGCUUAUUCUUCAAAAUGGGAACGGAGGAGCGUGUUUACGCCGCAGGUGGUUGUUGAUGGUGUUGCAGAUGGAGUCGGGAAUAGGGAGAAUGAGGUGUUGGAGAUCGUUGCGAGGGCAAAGAGGGAGAGGUUUGGUUUGGGGACGAGGGUGGGGAUUUUUGUAGAAGGAAGAGAGUUGGUGAUUAGGGAUGAGGCGGGGGAGGCGGGGAUGUAUGAUGUGCUGCUUGUGAUGUUUGAUCCAAGGGAGCAGAGUGUUGAGAUUAAGAGGGGGGAGAAUAGGGGGAGGACGCUUGCGCAUUGGAAUUUGGUGAAGGAGAUUAUAAAGAUUGGGGAGUGGAGGGGAGGGAAUGCAAGAGUUGGUCUUCCGGAGAGCUUGGAAGAUGGACUGGAAAGGGUUGUGAUUUUGCAGGCUGGGGUUGGAGGGGUGAUUUCUGCCGCGCAUAGGGUUUGAAGAAUGAAUAAUAUAAGGCUGAAUUAUUAGUCCCGUGCUCUUUAACAAGAGGGAUCCAAAACUAGCUCGGCAUAAACCCUGCGAGACCAGAAACGGAUGCCCAGGCAAAGUUCGGUAAGGAAACUAUAGCUGGGGUAUAAGAGCUCAAAAUGGGCUUCACAUUAUGGUGCAUAAGCUAACUCAAGGCGUGCUUAGGCUCUACUCAGGUGUGCUCAGGUACGCUCACCUUCAGCUUAGGUUAGAGUAGCAGCUUCUCGCGUCCGUAGACUAGAACGGAACCAGCAAAAGAAAAUAUUAAUCCUGAG